AUGGAACAUCAGUUUCCCGGUGCGAUCAGCCCGGACGAGAACAUGUUGGCCGAGCUGAUGCUCCCCGAUCAAACACAUGUACGCCAACAAGACUGGACCAUGUUCUUCCUGCACAAAGAUGCUGGCACAAGUGAGGACGAGGCUGCUGAGAGAGAAGCUCGAAGGAUCCAGCGCGAGGCAAGAAGACGGGCACGAGAAGCUGGUGAGACGGAUGAUGUCGAAGGAGAAGAAUCCGCAGACGACGCCAGUAGUGAUGAAAGUGACGCAGACGACAUGGACAGCCCUCCCCUAAUGUAUGUCCUGAACCUCGUCAAUACCAAACAGGACAGCUCGGUGAAAAGAGGCGCCAUUGUAAAGGCAAUGGCCAUUUGUACGAGGCACUCUUUUCUCCACAUAUACAAACCGCUCUUGUUGCUCGCCCUCGAGGACUAUUUCAAGUCACCCACACCCGACACUUUGGAACUCUUAUACAAUGCACUGAAUGCCAUGGAUUUGUCUCUGAUGCCACGGCUGUCACUGCUGGAGCGACACAUUCUGCAGGCAAGCGACGUUAAGGACAUGUUUGUGGAGAAAUUCGAGCAGAUGAUUGCCCAACGCUUAGCAGACGAGGCCCUUGCACAGACUUCAGACGCCCCGGAAUCGCCAACAAAACAAGAGCAGAAGUAUUUGGUUCCCAGAGACACACACGAGUUCGAGUCAAAGAUUGUUUAUAACAGCAUCCCGAUCCCAGUCAAGAUCCCUACAGCUUUGUCACCUGAAACAGUGGGAGACUUUUCACUCAUCAAGCUCGUUCAAAUCUUUGGCAAUCCCCAUCUGUCUCAACCCCAGCCUUUUGCCUUACAUCCCCACCUGACUACAUCUGGAGCCUUCACGCAUCCAAUAAUUGUCCUCAUCAAUGCCAUGCUGACCCAGAAGAGAGUCAUCUUCCUGGGUCACAAUCGACCCUCCGGAGAGGUUGCAGAAGCUGUCCUUGCAGCAUGUGCAUUGGCUUCGGGUGGUGUGUUACGAGGGUUCACCCGUCAUGCAUUCCCAUAUACCGAUCUGACCAAGAUCGACGAACUUCUGAAAGUCCCGGGAUUCAUUGCGGGUGUUACGAAUCCUGCCUUCUCCUACCACCCUGAAUGGUGGGACCUGCUCUGCGACCUGCCGUCAGGCAGGAUGAAAAUCUCAUCCUGCAUUGAGGCUGCCCCAGUCACCGAAGGGACCACCUUUUUCCAGCAGCACGGACAUGCUGCGUUGACUCACAAAGACCUCCAUCACUCUGACGCUACGGGAGAUGGACUCUUUAUGGAAGACAUCAGUCGAAGCAUCACGUCUCGAGCCGGGGAGUCUAUCAUUCGCGCCAAAUUUCGAGCCUAUAUCACGAAAUUCACCCGCAUAGCAGCAGCAUUCGAAGAGACUGUAUAUGGAGCCAGCAAUCUGACGGUGAUACCCCCGACAGAGGUGGAUAACGCGGAUGCGACUGCUACUACACCUGCACCACCUGCCCGGCCCAUGUCUCUCAAAACUUCCAGUAAGAAUCUGAAGGGACACGGUUAUGUCUGGCCGAGCGAGGACGCCAAAACCCGCGAACUGGCAGCUUCUGCAGCCAGAAUCGAAGGAUGGCGUAAUACGCGAUCCUACUAUGCCUUCAUCUCCGAUCUCGCGGCACAUGCGCAGGACCCGACUUCGCCAACAUCUCCAGUCAGUAUGACCAAGAUGCUGGCUCGAGCACCGACGAAGCCGUACGUGGAUCUGUAUCAUUCGUUGUCCAAACUACGGACCCUGCACCUGACUCCCACGGAAGCUGGAGCCAUCUAUCUGGCCUUGGAAGCCUAUUGCACUGACUACGAAAGUAUCCUGGAGCUGCUGGAGAUGGCACCCAUGUCAGAAGCAGGACUGUUCUACGUCGCCCUGGGACUCUGGCAUGAAGAUUGGAGAGUUCGAGAAGCAGUGACAAGUCUCCUGGACCGGGUCAGACAACACCCUGCAGGCCGAGUGUUCUUCAACCGGCUCGGAGGUUGGGCUACCAUGGGUUUCAACCGACGUCUGCAGGAGAAGGAGAAUAGACUACGCUCCCAGCAACAUGAAGCCGAGCUGGGUCCCCUGGCUUUCGACGCUGACCAGAGACGAAGUUGA